AAAAUACCUUCACAUCACCCGCAUCUUUCCCCGUUUCGACUCAUCUUUUCGUUGCUGGACUUGAAAAUAUCCUGGAUUCUCUGCUAUGAUAUGACUAUCCCUUAGUCACACCAUCACUCCCUACCCCUACUCCAACAUGCGUACGAACUAGGGGUUCUGUAUUGCAGAUUCACCCCAACUAGGUAGACGCCUCUGUGCACCGUGACCUGUCUCUGUUGAACUCUCCAACCAAGAUCCCUUGCCUCCAUCCAAUCACGACAUAGGCGAGCAGUCUACAAAUCAACUACUCCUCCGGACAAACCAUGGAGCACCUGUUCAAGCGGGCUCAAGGUUUUCCAAACUGGUCGCAGACACCGAUCCCCAAUGUAGACAUCUCGGCGGCCGGCCUUCUUGCGCUGGCCGACCUCAGCACCAUUGCACAACGGACAAGGAUCUCGGGCGCCUCUUGGGUUGACGUUCUCCUGCUAGCCCCGGGCCUGCACUACCAGCAAGCAGCCGAUGCCGUGCUCAACGAGAUCCCGUCCCCCUUCAGCGCCGUGGAGUCGGUGGAUGGGAAGACGUCUAGGUACGCCAUCGCCAACACCGCCACGCUACAGUAUCUGGAGCGCGUCGGUAGGGCUGGCCAACGCAUCAUCGUCGACGUUGGCAGGAUACCGCAACGCAGGUAUUUCCCCUACGGCAACGAUCGAGCCAAGAGGCGCAGUUUCGGACAGCGCAGUGCCAUUUGGCGUGACCAGGAAGCUAGUAUCGGCUGGAUCUCGCAGGUGCUAUACCUAGCAAGCCCAGUACUUACAAUCAUUGCCUUCGUGUUCAUGGUUCUGCUGCGUGAAUGGUGGGGUGUUGCUGCUUUACUUGGGCUUAUGCUAUCCCGCGUUCUGAAUAUUUGGAUCAUUAAACAACGGACGAACUGGCCCAAAAAGCCCCAGCCCAUCCCAGGUGCACCCGGAUCGGAUCCAGACAACCAGGAUGCGCUAACAGAGUACGUUGUCGACCUCGGUCGCGGCCGGGUCGUUGCGCUGCGCGGUCUGACUUCAGACCUGCAAGCCAUUACAACGACGUCAUGGUUAAGAGACCAAACACACGUCGAGGGCUAUCUCGAGGCCGCGGCGAAGCUAACUGUAUACCUCGUCGCCGCAUUCAGCGGCAACCUGUCGCAGAUCGGCUCCAUCAUCUUCCUCGGACUUCUCCUCGUCACGGCGGGCCUUCUAGGUCUGAGCAACGCUCACGCGAAGGCCUUGAGCAUGCACGGACGGCUCGCGGCCCCCACCAUAGAGAAUCUACCGCGCCCGGACUCCCCCCCGUACCCAGAUAGCCGCCUGGGCAGCUCGACGUGGCGCAUGCCAAGUGACGGCAUGGCGUCAGGCGGGCUAUCCACCAUAGACGAUUUCACAGAAAGACACUGAACUGGUUGUGGUAGCAAAAUUUCAAGUUUAUUGAGCAGGUUACUAUAUAGGAUACCCAUACAAGCAUAACAAAUAGCUGUUUACUCCACAUUGUUACCUAAGAUCAUGUUAUCUAUAUGUGUUACAUUAGGUAGCAAGAGAAUUUGAAAGCAAACGGCGUAGAAGCACGCCAAUUGUUCAAUACUUACUUACACUUCCCUUCCAACUUUCGUCCAAACAUCAAUACGCCAUGUUGAAGCUCGUUAUUGUGCAUUUCAUCUCCGGACUUGUGAGUACUCUUCGUUCGUC